AGUUUCAAUAAUAAUAAUAUCAGAUCGAAACAAACCUGCGGCUGCAGCCUCACCUAACACCAACCCUAGCCCGAACCCAAAUUUGAAUCCCGAGCCUCUUUUUUCCUCCUAUGCUCCAAUUUAAAUAUCCCAAUUCAAUCCCAAACCCAUUAACAAGGACUCCGCAUUCUGAAUCCAAAUUCCUGGAGAUUGUGAAUGGUAGAAACCCUAUUCUCCUUCGAUUACAUGCGCUCCCUUUUGCCUUCAAGGGCGAGCGCUUCUUCUUCUUCACUCUUCGCUUUCGCUUCCUGCAAACAAGCCUGGUACUAUCGCUGCCUCGGCGUCGACCCCUAAAUCUCCAUAAAUCCCAGACCCAUCUCUGCAAUUUGCUGAUUCGUCCUCCUUCUUUUCCCAAAUUUUUUCUAUUUAGGCGCCAUGUUGCUGAGCAAGCAGAAGAAGAACCAGAACGUUAAUAGCAAGAGGCUUUUGAUCAGCAUCAACGUGCUCGGAAGUGCUGGCCCUAUUCGAUUCGUUGUUAACGAGGAAGACCUCGUUGCCGCGGUUAUUGACACCGCACUCAAGUCCUACGCGCGUGAGGGUCGCCUUCCUGCGCUUCGCUGCGACAGCACCCUCUUCUCUCUCUAUUGCCCCCAUCUUGGACCCGAUGCUUUGAGUCCGUGGGAUACAAUUGGAUCGCAUGGAGCUCGGAAUUUUAUGCUUUGCAAGAAGACAGAGAAUGAGGGUUCUGAUGAUGGAAGAGAGACUACUGCACUUCCACGUAGAGGAAGCGGUACUUGGAAGUCUUGGUUCAACAAGUCCCUCAACCUGAAGAUUUCUUCCCAUUAAACCCUUUUUUUGUUUUACAAUUUUUAUUCAUUAUUAUUUUGUUAAAUUUAUUUUGAUGUUCCUCGCUGGUUUUGUUUUUGUCACUGGUUAUCUCUAUGCGUUAGCCAGAGAUAAGUGUGAACUCUUGGAAGAAUAAAGUGCUUUUUAUUUGAUUGGAGAUGCCCCUUUUUAGCCUUGGAUGGAAUAAAAUUGGUGUUUUACUUUUU